CGAGGGAAACUGGCUGAGUGUGUGCUGCAUGUUAACGCGUCAGACAUGAGUGGAUGUCCUUACUUCCAGAGAAAACACCUGCUGGCAGGUAAACAGCUGGUGAAGGAGGAGGAUGUGGAUGGUGCCCAGACCGGGGUCAACAAGGCCAGCAAGGGUGGCAUUAUCUACGGAGACUAUCUGCAGCUGGAUAAGAUUGUCUCCUCUCAGCUGCUGCAGAGCGACCUGAAGGGAAAUAAAAUCCAUGAUGAGCAUCUGUUUAUCGUCACACACCAGGCAUAUGAGCUGUGGUUUAAGCAGAUUCUCUGGGAGCUGGACUCGGUGAGGGAGAUCUUUAUCAGCGGUCAUGUGCGGGAUGAACGGAACAUGCUGAAGGUGAACACUCGGAUCCACCGGAUCGUGAUGAUAUUCCGGCUGCUGGUGGAUCAGUUUGCUGUUCUGGAGACCAUGACUGCCCUAGACUUCUUCGACUUCAGGGAGUAUCUCUCUCCUGCCUCCGGGUUCCAGAGUCUGCAGUUCCGGCUGCUGGAGAAUAAGAUUGGGGUCCCAGAUAAUCAGAGAGUUCCGUAUAACCGACGCCACUACAGGGAUAUCUUCCGCGGCCAGGAGAUCGAACUGCUGCUGCGCUCUGAACAGGAGGCCACACUGCUGCAGCUGGUGGAGAAGUGGCUGGAGAGAACGCCAGGUCUGGAGGAGGACGGCUUCAACUUCUGGGGGAAGCUGGAGGUGAAUAUUUUUGAGGGUCUGAGAAGAGAAAAGGAGAAAAUCGAGCAACAGCCCGAGUCUGAGAUGAAAGAGGAGAUGAUGGCAGAUUUUAUAAAGCAGAAGGAGAUAUUCGUCAGUCUGUUUGACGAGAAACGACACGACCAUCUACAGAGCAAAGGUGAGAGGAGGCUUUCCUAUAAGGCACUACAGGGGGCCCUAAUGAUCUACUUUUACAGGGAAGAGCCACGGUUCCAGGUUCCCUUCCAGCUCCUGACCUCACUGAUGGACAUCGACACUCUCAUGACUAAAUGGAGAUAUAAUCAUGUGUGCAUGGUGCACAGGAUGAUUGGCAGUAAAGCUGGAACAGGAGGCUCAUCCGGUUAUCAGUACCUGCGCUCCACUGUCAGUGAUCGCUACAAGGUGUUUGUGGAUCUGUUUAAUCUGGCCACGUUUCUGGUUCCGCGAGACUGGAUUCCUAAACUGAACCCGAACGAACACUCGUUUCUGUACACGGCCGAGUGCUGCGACAGCUCCUACUGCAGCAGCAGCGACGACUCUGACUAGAGGGGGUGGAGUCAGACAGCUCGAGGACUUCAGGAUACGGACAGAACACUACUGUUACUGUAAUACAGCAGCAUACUGUAAUACACCUCAUAACCAGUUCAUUAUUACUGGCUCACUGAAUGAGUCACGUGGUUAAAUACCGACCUGCAUACUGUGUCAUGUAGUAACUUUUUUUUUUUUUUUUGCCAAAA